CGUUACAAUAUGAACGUUAGAAACGCAGGGGAGUAAGGCCACCGUCAAUACACAUUUUCUCGGCCAAUAUAUUCCGGGUAUUACGGUACUUCUCCAGUGGAAAAAAUGACAGUAUGCAACUAUACCACAAAGGAGUAGAGACUAGUCAAGCAGUUGUUGUCAGAUUCUCGUCUGUAGUCACAUGUGUACAAAACUAACCGUAUCGCUUUAGGAAGACAUCGAUUUAUUGGUUAUUUAAAUGUAUUACUCGCAAUAGAUAUGACGGAAAUGUUUUCAACUUUGUAUGGGCAAAAUGAUGCUCAGGGACCUCCCCGAUCAUCGUCUCUGGGAUUUGGACCGGGAAAUCCACCACCCCCUCUGCCGCCUAACCAAGUCCCGAUGGCGGCCCAGAUGCCACCUCAGCUCGGGGAUGAGGGGCCUGCUCUACGGAAACCGGGAGCCAUGAACGAACCUUUUUAUUUACUGCGAGAACUACCAGUGGGCAAUGAGCUUACGGGCAACACCAACCUCAUCACCCAUUACAACCUGGAACACGCUUAUAACAAGUUCUGUGGCAAGAAAGUCAAGGAAAAGCUCAGCAACUUCCUGCCAGAGUUACCAGGUAUGAUAGACUGGCCUGGUACCCAGGAUGGCAGUUCGUUGCGCUCUCUGAUAGAGAAGCCUCCAGUGUGUGGCAACUCCUUCAGCCCUCUGACCGGAGCCAGCCUCACCGGCUUCAGACUGCACACCGGACCGCUACCGGAGCAGUACCGACUGAUGCACAUCCAGCCUCCAAAGAAGAAGAGCAAGCAUAAGCACAAACACAACCGACCACAGGAUCCCAUACCGCAAGAGACACCCUCAGACUCUGACCCCAAGAAGAAGAAGAAGAAAAGAGAUGAUGACCCUGACCGCAAGAAGAAAAAGAAAGACAAGAAAAAGAAGAAGAACCGCCACAGUCCGGACCACCCUGGCCUGGCUGGCUCUCAGCCCAACAGCCUCCGAUAGACCAGAGACAACAAGUGUGUGUGUGUGUGUGUUUGAGAAGCUGGUACGAGUGUGUUUAGAAGAAUCAGGAAAUGUUUAGGAGAGUAUGUAUUUAGAUAACGAGAGAUUAUGCUUGUGUGACAGGGAGGGGAAAGACAGUCUUAUGUGUCGUCAAGUGUGUGUGUGUGGUAGAUUGGAUGUCAGCAGUGUAAUAUUGUUCGAGGAUGAGACGGAAGGCCACUGAUAUUCUGAAUGAGUGUAUGUUAUGUUCCCCUUUUUCAUUUGGUUGUGAUAUUUUCUGACCACAUAUUCCAAUAAACUGUUUUUGUCCA